UGCCUCACUAACUUACAGGAAAUAAAGAAUCACACUCAUAAUGAGUUUGUGAACUUGAGAGAGAGCUAAAGACAUUAAGUCAAGUCUGUUACUUUAUGUAUGAAAGCGAGAGUGUGAGUGUUUGCAUGUGUGUGAGUUGGAAGUAUUUGCUUUCCUCCAUGAAUGUGAAAUGCAGGAGAUUCUCACUGGACAGCUCUGUCUGUCUGGACGGAGUCGGAGUCAUUGGCGUAAGAAGAGGCUCCAGCUGGUUUAACAAUAAGAAAUCCAAACAAUGCCAGAGUCUGGACGAUGCCCGACUGGAGAUCCAGAAGCUAAAUCACAGCCUCAACGGCAACAUGUCCGUCAGGGGGAACACCAUAGCAGAGGAGAACAGUGAUCGACUAGAUGGGCUCAUCACCAGUUGUAGCUUCCUGAAGCACAACAAAACCUUCCACAAACUGUUCCAAGACAUUCCUGAGGAGGAGAGGCUGACACACACAUACACCUGUGCCUUGCAGAAGGAGGUGCUGUAUCAUGGAAAACUCUUUGUUUCUGAGAACUAUGUGUGUUUCCAUUCAUCAGUGCUGCUCAAAGACACCAAGGUGGUGAUUCCUGCGUCCAACGUCACGGGGUUGAAGAAACACAACUCAGCUUUAUCCAUGUUGUCUGUUCAAACUGCUGAUGGAGAAAAGUACACGUUUGUGUCUCUGAGGAACCGUGAGAUGUGUUAUAAACUCCUCCAAACUGUCUGUUCACAUACACAGGACAAGAGCGUCAACGGCAGCCCUCAUGUCUCCUCUGCAGAGAACGAAGCUGAGCAUGAUGUGGCCUCCAGUUAUUCCAGUUUGGAGGACAGCGUAGAUCGUGAUCUGAGCCGACAGAACAGCGUUUCUCAUGACAACGGCUUUCCUCUGAUGUCCAGUGAAGCUCCUACAAGACGCAAUUCCACCCGUCAAAACAGCUUAAUAGACGAAGACGACAGAGCUGUAUCGUGGAUUUGGAGGAUCACUGAGAGAGUCGCACCGCACUUCUUCCUCAGAGAAAUUAGGAAUCUCAGCCUUCUCUUCUACGUCUACGUGAUGCUAAUGGUGCUGCUGCUGUUGGCCUCUGGGUACAUCGGCCUGAGGAUCAUAGCACUGGAGGAGCAGCUGUUGACCUUACAACAGAGAGAGUACCAACAAACGUAGCCGGAGGCAGGGGACUGUGACAAAUCCCUCUAGGAACUCAUGCAGUGCACCACUCUAUUAGGAUCCUGAUGUAGAUUGAUCCCUGUCUAGACAGGCUCCCAAAAGAAACUCAGCAGUAAGACUCGGCCCAUUUCAUACACAUAUAUCUUUCAGUUAAAUUUACAAUGUUUUGCACAAAGAAGUUUGCUCACAGUAGAGAUUGAUCUCCUGUGUUAGCCGCAUGUCUACAGAGGAUGCAGGUCAGCAAUAAGAUGCUUUUGGGAUGUCUGAACCAGGCCACACGCGGCGAACUACACGGAUGACUGACUGCGUUGGCCGAGAAGCAACAGGACAAUAUUUCUGUUCUCUGCUGACGGAUCAAAUACUGAAGAGAGGGUCUCCUGCACUGAGCCAUAUGGAGGCAGCCUGCUGAAGCCAUGUUUAUUUCCUGGCAGGUGAACAGCUGAGCUCAGCUAGAUGAGGUUGCUGGAGUCUUGGCCAUCGCUUUCUCGGAUCAACACAACCUGCAACUGUGAGAACACACACACACACACACACA